AUGGUCAGGACCAGGUCGAGGGCUACCAGCCCUGGCCGUCAGGGAAGCAGAGGCGCUUCAAGUGAUCCCCAGCGUGAUCGCCAAUCUGCACCAGUCAUGCAGACGUCGUCCGUUCAGCAUGUGCAAUCCAUGGCGGCUGCAAUGGCAGAAUUGACUCGUCAAAACCAGGAGUUAAGGAAGGAGAUCAAUCAGAGGAGACAGACACAUGAGGAACACGCAGGACAGACACAAGGCCAUGGUGAUAGAGAGAAUACUGAGAUUGGAAGUCAGUUUAGAGGCACCACUUCACGGGCAGUGCCACACUUGAAAGAGGAGAUGGACCAAAUGAAGAAAGUCAUGGAGGAGAUGAAGGAGAACAUGAGGAGAACGAAUCCUAUAGAAGAUUUGGUCCACAGGACUGACUCUCCUUUUACAGCUUCCAUCAAUGGCCACCCUCUACCAUCAAAGUUCAAACUGCCUUUCCUGGACUCGUAUGAUGGGACGCGUGAUCCCUUUGAUCAUAUUGCAACAUUCAAGACAACAAUGCACCUUCAAGGGGUCCCUGAUGAAAUCAUGUGUCGAGCCUUCCCUACUACCCUUAAAGGCCUGGCACAAGUUUGGUUCAGUAAAAUACCCCCAAGUUCCGUAAGUUCUUUCGAAGAGUUGAGCAAAUUGUUUGUUAACAAUUUCAUCGGGGGACAGAGGCACAAGCGCUCUUCGUCCAGCUUACUGACAAUAGAACAAGGGGAGAACGAAAGCCUACGGUCAUUCAUCACUCGCUUCAACAGAGAAGCCCUUAGUGUGGACGAGGUGGAUGACAAGCUUCUACUGGCAGCCUUCCACAACGGGAUUAAUUCGGAUUUAUUUAUACACAAGCUAUAUGAGAAGUAG